AUGGCAUUUCCGUCGCGGGCGGCUCUGCUCUUCGCGGGGGUGCUCGUGGUGUUGGCGGUGCCGGCGGCGGUAGCAGGAGCGGGAGGAGGGAGCGUCUGCUUCGACCCGGUGUUCAGUUUCGGGGACUCGCUCACGGAUACCGGCAACUUCCUACUCUCCGUGCCUGACGACUUCCCGGACCCCACGCGGAACCUCCCCUCCGGCCAGACCUUCUUCGGCCGCCCCUCCGGCCGAUACUCCAACGGCCACAACCUACUCGACUUCUUCGGUAACCUCCAACUGUCUCCUUGCCUUACGUGUUUGUUAUCAGCGCUUGCUGCUCGUCCUCGCCGUCGUUCGUCCUGA